AUGAGUGGUCGGGACCCACCCACACUCCUGCAUCUGGCAGUGCAGAGCCUGCUGAGGGACGAAGCCCUGGCCAUCUCUGCUCUGCAGUUCCUGCCCAGGGUGCUGUUCCCACCACUGUUCAAGGAAGCCUUCAACCACGGACAAAGUAACAUUCUGAGGGCUAUGGUAGCAGUUUGGCCGUUCAGCUUCCUUCCCGUGGGGACCCUCAUGAAGACUUCCCACCUGGAGACCUUGCAGGCAGUCCUGGAUGGAGUAGACAUGCUGCGAACACAGAAGGUGCUCCCCAGGAGGGGGAAGCUCCAGGUGCUCGACUUGAGGAAUGUGCAGCACAACUUCUGGGAUGUCUGGGCUGGCACAGAGGAUGGAGAGUGCUCGGCAGAGGCUGUGGGUAAGAAGCAAGCGGUGAAGCGCUCUCCUAGAUACGCCCUGAGGCAGCGUUUGAAGGUGGUCGCAGACCUUUGCCUCAGGUUCCAUCUGAAUGAACAGCAAACAUACUUGUUACAGUGGGCCCAGCAGAGAAGAAGUUUCAUCAGGCUGUGCUGUGUGAAGAUGCAGAUAUGGGCAUUGCCCGUGUACACUGUCAGGAAAGUCCUGAUGGUUUUCCAGCCUGACAGCAUCCAGGAGUUGGAACUGAAUACAGGUUGGAGUCUGUCCACUCUGGUGCAUUUUGUAUCUUACCUGGACCAGAUGAGAAAUCUUCAAAAACUCCUUUUAACACGGAUCCACAAGAACACCUUUAAGGUUCUAAAUACCCCCUCAGACAUACAGAAGUGUAUCACUAAGUUUGUUUCUCAGUUCUCUAAACUCAACUGUCUGCAGCAUCUCUCCAUGAAUGGCGUCUACUUUUCCAGUGAGCACAUGAAACAGUUGUUCAGGUACCUGAAGACCCCUUUGGAGACCCUAUCCAUCACUGUGUGCAAGCUUUCACAGUUAGACUUGAAUUCCUUGUCCCAGAGUCAGAGUCUCCAUCAGCUGAAACACCUGAAUCUGAGGCUUGUGAAAUUAAUUGACCUAUAUCCUACACCUUUCCGUGAUCUCCUAAACAGUGUUGCGGGCACUCUGCAGACCCUAGAGUUGGAGGGCUGCUGGAUGGUGGACUCUCAGCUCAUUACCCUCCUGCCUGCCCUGAGCCAGUGCUCCCAACUCACUAGGGUCAAUUUCUAUGACAAUGAUAUCUCCAUGGCUGUCCUGAAAGACCUUCUAUAUCACACAGCCAACCUCAACCAGCUGAUCCAAGAGCUGUACCCCGCCCCUCUAGAAUGCUAUGAUGACAGGGGUGAUGUCCAUGUGGGAAGAUUUGCUAAACUUUGUCCUGAGCUCAUGGAUACACUGAUUACUGUCAGGCAGCCCAAGAGAGUCUCCUUUGCUACACACAUGUGUCACAAAUGUUGUCAGCGCUGUAUCUAUGACCUGGAGGCCAGACUUUGUCAUUGUUGGCAGUAA